ACAUUUUUCAGAAUAGCAAAAAUAUUUUCAUCCAAUUGUGGUGACAAUAAUAGCUUUAGUACAUACUUGAGCGAGUGGAUAGUACCACAUCAAGUGCCCGCAUCAUAGGGCCUAAAUUUGGAAUAUUUCCCGCAUAAAGAAGGUACGAAGGUACACUGCACGGACCUCGCCCGAAAAAGUAAAGUAAAAAACCCGCAAAAUGACAGAGAUUGAAGUCGUAUCCGGAAUAACGGAGAAAGUGUUGACGCACGAAGUUGGAGCGGGAGCGCCGUGUCUAAAAUGCGGAAAUAAAUGCCCGGGAUUGGACUUGCAUUUCUGGAGAAAAAUUUGUCGUAAUUGUAAAUGCAAGCAAGAAGAUCAUGCAGUCCAAGAAGAAGUUUCAAGCAGAGGAAUCGAAAAUAUCGGAAAAUUAUUGAUGCAUGAUCAAGGCCUAAGCACAGAAACAAAUACGGUUCCAGUCAAGAGAGAAUCACCCACAAAACCUAAAUAUUCGUCUCCAGAUAAAUCCAAAACACCAGUCAAUGGUCAUUUUACGGUUACAAACAAUUAUUCAGACCCCGCUCCGCCCCCUCCAGUACGAAAUGUUGAGACAAUAGGAACAAUGAGCCAACAACCACUCAAAGUAACAGUGGACAUUGGGGGGAAGCAGCAUCAGCUCGAUUUCGGUGGGGCUACUCUUGAUCCAUCGUUUCCCGCUCCUCCUCCACCUCAAAACAAUACGAGUGAAGCCCCUCCUAUGCCUCCACCACCAGCUGAACUUGCAAGCCCAGAUUUACCACCUCCACCACCGGACAUGCAGUCAUAUGCACAGAGUACAUCACCCCCGGUUCCUCCAAUGCCGCAAGAAUAUGACAUAAAAGUACAGGAACCAACAAGACAAACAUACACAUCUUCAGUGUCAGUAACAACCACAACACAAAAAGAGAUUCCUCCUCCAGUUCCUCCUACUGAUCGAAGAGAUUCAUCUUCAUCUUCUUCAUCCUCUGAUGGCGAGAAAAGUGGUGGAAUUACAUACGAAUGGCAACCACCAGUAAAAGAUUCGAAACUGGCGAAACAAUUUAUAGAAUCUUUGCCCAAAGAGAAACAGCCAAUUAAAGGAACGGAAGGAGGACAAUACAGACGUAAGCAAUUGAUGAGGCAACUUCCUCCUCACGAUCAAGAACCAAGUGCUUGUCAUGAUCUCACCUCUCAAGAGAAACAAGAAAUGGAUGUGUUUGUAACGCAAUACAGGGAAAAGGCAUUGGGAGUUGGUAAUGUGGAUGGAUCUGGAAAAAUAAAGAGUUGUACCCAUUGUAAUCAAGGAAUAAAGGUAGGAGACGUCAUGGUAUUAGCCGAAAGAGCGGGGCCGAAUAAAGUAUGGCAUCCACAAUGCUUUGUGUGUUCUGAAUGCAAAGAACUUCUAGUCGAUCUGAUUUAUUUUUAUCAAGAAGACAAAAUAUACUGCGGAAGACAUUAUUGCGAACUUCAUAAACCGAGAUGCGCUGCUUGUGAUGAGUUGAUAUUUGCACCCGAGUACACCCAAGCUGAAGAUUGUUAUUGGCAUCUCAAGCAUUUCUGUUGUUGGCAAUGUGAUCAGCCAUUAGGUGGAAAGAAUUACGUUCCCCAUGACAACCAACCAGUUUGCAUUCCAUGCUAUGAAAAAGAAUUUGCCCAUAGAUGUGCUACAUGCAAAAAUGUGAUUGCUCCAAAUAUCGAAUGGGUGACAUUCCAAGAACAUCAUUGGCACGCGUUACCGGAAUGUUUUAGAUGCUCAAAUUGCAGUCAAUCCCUUGUAGGCAAACCUUGCAUUCCGAAAGGAGAUAUGGUAUUCUGCUCCAGCAAGUGCAAGAAAGAGAAACUUCCUCCACAGUAAAUCGAUCGAUCUUUUUAUCCCAUCGAACUUUUUGAUGGAUGGAAGAUAUUUCAUGAACAACUGUACAAAACCAAGUUUAUAUAGUUAUCUCAAGAUUAUGCUUGGACACGAGUGAACAGAACAUAAAAUAAAUGUUUAGCAAUGAUAAACAAGCAGCAUCUUUGCGAAAAAUUUCAAAUUGCAAGCGUUUUGAAUAACGCACACAUACCAGUUAAUUGCAUAUAUUUUAAACAGUUCUUGCGAUCUGACCCACAGAGGAGAAAUUUUGUCGAAUGUUUUUAUAUAAUUUUUUUGUAUUAUUAUAUUCUAUUAUAUAUCACUUGGUGAUGCAACUAGGAUGCACUGCAGCACUGCCAUAGCUCUCUAUUUCAUCACGAACGACAUUCAAUUUUUCAAAAAAGUCCGGCGCAUGCAUAAAGUAACCUGUGAUCUAUUUCACAAACAUUCAUAGAGAAUCGCUUUUAAACCAUUCCAAUGUGUUGAAUAAGAAAGUAUUUUGUCCAUAAACAAGAUCGAUCGUCUCAGCAAAUUUGAUAGUUUUUCAACAGAAAAUAAUUUGAAGCAUCGCAGUAGGAAUUUGUUAAGAAUAUAUUAACACAACAAGAAUCGAGGGAAUUUGUGGUAAAAACCGCUUUCUCACCAACUAUUGGACUAAUCAAUUUAAAAUCUUAAGUAUUUAAAGAAGGAAGGUUACUCAGUUUAAAUCAUUUCAAUUUUUUCUGGUCUAUGGGGCUUUUGUUUACCCCCUGUUUUUCUGAUUUUCACAAUUUAGUUUUCCGACUAGCGAUUCUGUCUAUCGAUUGCUCACGGAACAAGUAUGUUGAUAUCGACAUUGAACAUUCGUGGCCAUAUAUUUGCGCAUUGCUAUAGCUGCACACAGUAAUCAAUUGGAGAUUUAUAUAAUUAUUAUUAAACAAUGUUUUAUCGUUGAUGGCUGCAUUUUGCGAUUUGAUUCGAUCUUAUAUUUUAAAAAGAAUAUACAAUUUCAUUAUGUCUAUGCUUUUAUGUUGAAAACAAUUCAAAUUUUUCAAAAGGCUUAUUAUAAUCAACAUUCCUUUUUUAGUAGUUUGUUGCCAUUGUAAAUUACAUAAUAAAUGCUGACGUAUUAUUUUAUUACUUGAAUCAAUUCCGAAGCCAUUUUUGGGGUUCAUAUUCACUAAUAAAAGAUAUUUGUUCUUAU